AUGGAAAACCAAGAACCAAUGGAUUCUUCUCAAAGACCUAAACAGUCUAUUAUUUCAGAGGAGUUAAUUUCAGAAGGAAAAUGGGUCAAGCUUGAAAAAACAACUUACAUGGAUCCCACUGGUAAAACUAGAACAUGGGAAACCGUGAAACGUACAACCAGGAAAGGACAGUCAGCUGAUGGGGUGGCGAUUAUCCCAGUCCUGCAAAGAACUCUUCACUAUGAAUGUAUUGUCUUGGUGAAACAGUUCCGACCCCCAAUGGGUGGCUACUGCAUAGAAUUCCCCGCAGGUCUCAUAGAUGAUAAUGAAAGUCCAGAAGCAGCUGCUCUUCGAGAACUUGAGGAAGAAACUGGUUAUAAAGGUGACAUUGCUGAAUGUUCUCCAGUUGUAUGUAUGGAUCCAGGCUUGUCUAAUUGUACUAUGCACAUUGUAACAGUAACCAUUAACGGAGAUGAUGCUGAAAAUGUGAGACCUAAAUCAAAGCCUGAGGAUGGAGAAUUUGUGGAAGUAAUUUCCUUACCAAAGAAUGACCUGCUGAAGAGACUUGAUGCUCUGAUAGCUGAAGAGCAUCUUACAGUGGAUGCCAGAGUCUACUCCUAUGCUCUGGCAUUGAAACAUGCAAACACUAAGCCAUUUGAAGUCCCCUUCCUGAAAUUUUAA